AUGCUGGUUCCUCCCAUCAAUGGUCUCUUUCAUCACCCGCCAUGGUGCUUUCUUCCUCUCCCUCUUCCGCUUUUCUUUUUAUUUCUCCUCCUCCUCCCUGUACCAGUCCUCCCCACCACCUUCACCAUAGGUGUACUGGGACCCUGGUCCUGUGACCCUAUCUUUUCCCGGGCUCGUCCAGACUUGGCUGCUCGACUGGCUGCUACCCGCCUGAACCAUGACCAAGCCCUGGAAGGUGGCCCUUGGUUUGAGGUCAUCCUGCUCCCAGAGCCAUGCCACACCUCAGGCUCCCUGGGAGCCCUGUCCCCUUCACUAGCCCGUGUCUCUGGCCUUGUGGGUCCUGUGAACCCAGCUGCAUGCCACCCUGCUGAACUGCUGGCCCAAGAAGCUGGGGUCCCUCUGGUGCCCUGGGGCUGUGCCCAGGGGAAAGCUCGAACCACAGCCCCUGCCCUUCCCUUAGCCCCAGAUGCCCUCUAUGCCCUCUUGCGGGCAUUCCACUGGGCCAAGGUGGCCCUCAUCACUGCUCCACAGGACCUGUGGGUGGAGGCUGGACAGGCUCUUGCUGGGGGGCUCCGAAGCCGGGGUCUGCCUGUAGCCACGGUAACCUCCUUGGAGACUACAGACCUGGAAAGUGCCAAGAAUGCCCUAAAAAGAGUCAGAGAUGGGCCCAAGGUCAAAGUGCUGAUCAUGGUGAUGCAUUCGGUUCUGCUGGGUGGGGAAGAGCAGCGGCUGCUGUUGGAGGCUGCUGAGGAACUGGGCCUAGUAGAAGGCACAAUGGUGUUCCUUCCCUUUGACACUCUGCACUAUGCCCUGCCUCCUGGCCCUGAGGCUCUAAGGCCCAUCACCAAUAGUUCCAGACUCCGAAAAGCUCAUGAUGCUGUACUUACUCUGACCCGUUACUGCCCUAAGAGGAGCGUGUCAGCAAGCUUACGCCAGGCCCAGGAGUACCGGGAGCUACCCCUGGACCUUAAACCCCAGCAGGUAUCACCACUCUUUGGCACAAUCUAUGAUGCUAUCUACCUGCUGGCUGGAGCUGUGGCAGGAGCACAAGUAGCUGGGGGUGGUGGAUGGGUCUCUGGGGCAGCAGUGGCCCGACACAUCCCAAACACUCUGGUCUCUGGCUUCUGUGGGAACCUGGGAGGAACAAAGGAGCCUCCUUUUGUGCUACUGGAUACAGAUGGAAUGGGGGACCAGUUACUUCCCACUUAUACAUUGGACCCAGCCCAGGGUGUCCUUCACUAUGCCGGUAACCCCAUCCACUUUCCUCAUGGUGGCCGGGGGCCUGGUCCUGACCCGCCUUGUUGGUUUGACCCUAACGUGAUCUGCAGUGGAGGAAUAGAGCCUCGUUUCAUCCUUCUUGUCAUCCUCAUUAUUGCUGGUGGGGGGCUAGUGGUUGCCACACUGGCCUAUUAUGUUAGGCGCCAGCUCCUCCAUGCCCAAAUGCUCUCUGGACCCAACAAGAUGAUACUGACUUUUGAGGACAUCACCUUCCUUCCUCGGCAGGGGAGCUGCUCCCGAAAGGUAACAGAGGGGAGCCGGUCGAGCCUGGCAGCCCACAGUGCAUCUGACAUGCGUAGCAUCCCUAGCCAGCCCCCAGACAAUUCCAACAUUGGCAUGUAUGAGGGUGACUGGGUUUGGCUAAAGAAAUUUCCAGGUGAGCAACAUACUGAAAUUCGUCCUGCAACCAAGAUGGCCUUCUCCAAGCUACGUGAGCUCCGCCAUGAGAAUGUAGCUCUCUAUGUGGGGCUUUUCCUGGCUGGGAGUAUGGAAGGGGCUGCAUCAGGAGGGCUGGGAGGGGGCAUCCUGGCUGUAGUCUCUGAGUACUGUGCCCGAGGAUCCCUCCAAGAUCUGCUCGCUCAGAGGGACAUGAAACUUGACUGGAUGUUCAAAUCUUCCCUCCUGCUUGAUCUCAUUAAGGGCAUACGCUAUUUGCACCAUCGUGGGGUAGCCCAUGGUAGGCUCAAGUCCAGGAACUGUGUGGUGGAUGGGAGAUUCGUGCUCAAGAUCACAGAUCAUGGUCAUGGGCAGUUGCUGGAGGCUCAGAGAAUAUCCUUGGAGCCACCCCAAGCUGAGGAUCGCUUGUGGACAGCCCCCGAACUCCUGCGGAAUGAAGCUUUGGAACGACACGGGACCCUGCAGGGAGAUGUGUUCAGCGUGGGCAUCAUCAUGCAAGAAGUAGUGUGUCGCUGUGAGCCUUAUGCCAUGUUGGAGCUGACCCCUGAGGAGAUUAUCCAAAAAGUGCAGAGCCCCCCACCUAUGUGCCGACCUUCAGUGUCUGUAGACCAGGCCCCCAUGGAGUGUAUCCAGCUUAUGAAGCAGUGCUGGGCAGAGCAGCCGGACCUAAGGCCCAACAUGGACACAACCUUUGACCUGUUCAAGAAUAUCAACAAGGGACGGAAGACAAAUAUCAUUGAUUCCAUGCUUCGCAUGCUAGAACAAUAUUCUAGUAACCUGGAGGAUCUGAUUCGAGAACGGACAGAAGAGCUAGAGCUUGAGAAACAGAAGACAGACAAACUACUCACUCAGAUGCUACCUCCGUCUGUGGCUGAGGCUCUGAAGCUGGGGAUCCCAGUAGAGCCUGAAUAUUUUGAGGAAGUCACCCUGUAUUUCAGUGACAUCGUUGGCUUCACCACUAUCUCAGCCAUGAGCGAGCCCAUUGAGGUUGUUGAUCUGCUUAAUGACCUCUACACACUCUUCGAUGCCAUCAUUGGUUCCCAUGACGUCUAUAAGGUGGAGACAAUUGGUGAUGCCUACAUGGUAGCUUCAGGGUUACCCAAGAGGAAUGGGCAGAGGCAUGCGGCAGAGAUUGCCAACAUGUCACUGGACAUCCUCAGCUCGGUGGGCUCCUUCCGCAUGCGCCAUAUGCCAGAGGUUCCUGUUCGCAUCCGCAUUGGGCUGCAUUCUGGCCCAUGCGUGGCUGGAGUGGUGGGUCUCACCAUGCCCCGUUACUGUCUCUUUGGGGAUACCGUCAACACAGCCUCUCGAAUGGAGUCUACAGGGCUACCCUAUCGAAUCCAUGUGAACCUGAGCACAGUGAAGAUUCUUCGGGGUUUGAAUGAAGGCUUCCAGCUAGAAGUCAGAGGCAGAACAGAACUCAAGGGAAAAGGUGUAGAGGAUACUUACUGGCUCGUGGGAAGAAAAGGGUUUGACAAACCUAUUCCUACCCCUCCUGACCUGCUGCCAGGGGCCAGUAAUCAUGGCAUUAGCCUGCAAGAGAUCCCUGAAGAGAGGAGGAAGAAACUAGAGAAGGCACGCCCAGGACAACCCCUGGGAAAAUGA